AUGGCCUCGUCCCAAUUGCGAGCGGUUCAAGCGCUGACGCGCGGCGUGCGCGCAUCGAGCCGAACAUUCACCACCUCCGCCCGCCGACUCGAAGCUCCCGCGCCCGUUACCGGCACAAGCGAAACGGCCGCUGUCCUCGAGACCGAGACCAAAGCCAUCACCCAGGCCCCCAACCGAGCCGCUAUCUGGUCCCGAAGCCAGAAGCCUCGAGCUUUGGCCAUGACCGGUCCCCGUUUCGAACAGACCGACUUCAGCCUCCAGCCCCAACCGUACGCUGCCAUCGAAUUGGUGCACCAGGUGCCUGUUAAAUGGACUCACGACAAGAUUGUAUCGUGCGAUGGCGGCGGCGGCCCUGCUGGCCACCCCAGGAUCUUUAUCAACACCGACAAACCCGAAAUUGCCACUUGCAACUAUUGCGGAAACCCCUUUGCCAACGAGCACCACCGAAAACACCUGGAAUCUCUGCCCGAGACUUCCUACCCUUUGAAAUAG